UGUAGCGCGUCCCGCCGCCUCGCCCUUGAGGCGACUGGAAGAAAGCGCGGGAUUAUGAGGGAGCUGAGUCUGUGGGCGCUGCUGGCGCUGGUGGCGCCGAGGGGCUGCUCUCCUGGCGAGGGGCUCCUCUUCCCUUUCGGCUCGGCUCGGGGCGACGAGGCGUUGGAAGCGGGGGACGAUGUCAGCUCCGCGCCUCUCUCGCUCGACACGCCGCUCCACUUCUACGGCUCCAGAGUCCAGUCCCUCUACGUUCUUACUAAUGGCAUCAUAGCAGUGAGUAGUCCAUUAAGAGAAGACGACUAUCUUGGUCAAUUUCCUCUUAGUUUUGGAGGUCUUGCUCCCUUUUAUGCGGACUUGGAUACUACAGGUGGACGUGGAAAUGUAUAUUACAGGAAAGAUUCUUCCCCUGAGACCCUCCAACUUGCUGCCAAGUACAUCAAAAGGGGCUUUCCAAAUACUACCUUUGAUCCAGAGAGUGUUGUCAUUGUGACCUGGGAUUCUGUGGCUCCUUAUGUAGGAUCUAGUCAAGAUGCUACUUUACAAGUGAAGCCUAGUCUACCUUGUAGAGCUUAUAAAAGCUUUGCAGUCUUGGUACUUGUGUUCCGUUACAAUACAGAUGUCCAGCAAAGCUGUACAAACAACCGCCAUCAGUGUUCAGUUCAUGCUGUUUGCAAAGACUACCCAAGUGGCUUUUGUUGCAGUUGUAUUGUUGGCUACAAAGGAAAUGGCAGGCAAUGUGUAGCUGAAGGUUCUCCUCAGCGAGUCAAUGGAAAAGUCAAAGGACGGAUCUUUGUUGGAAACAACCCAAUACCAGUUGUAUUUGAGAAUACUGACCUCCACUCAUAUGUUGUGAUGAACCAUGGGCGUGCAUACACGGCCAUUAGCACAAUUCCAGAAACUUUGGGUUUCUCCUUGCUUCCUCUUGCUUCCAUUGGGGGUAUCAUUGGAUGGAUGUUUGCCGUGGAACAGGAAGGUUACCAAAAUGGAUUCAGUGUUACUGGUGGCGAGUUUACAAGGCAAGCAGAAGUUACCUUUCUCAGCAACAAUGAAAAGCUGAUCAUCAAGCAGAAGUUCAGUGGGAUUGAUGAACAUGGGCAUCUUACAAUCAGCACGGAACUUGAAGGCAAAGUUCCUGAGAUCCCAUUUGGCUCAUCUGUCCAUAUAGAGCCUUACACUGAGCUUUAUCACUCUUCUAGUUCAGUUAUCACAUCCUCUUCUACUAGAGAGUAUACUGUGACGGAGCCAGAAAGAAAUGGAGUAUCACCAACAUACACAGUUUCUUAUCAGUGGCGACAAACUAUUUCGUUUGAUGAAUGCAUCCAUGAUGAUUCCCAUCAUUCUGGUUCAGCCACUCAGCAGCUGUCAGUGGACAGUGUUUUUGUGUUAUAUAACAAAGAGGAGCAGAUUUUGCGAUAUGCAAUGAGCAAUUCAAUUGGUCCCAUUGAUGGUUCAGGUGAUGUAAGUCGCAAUCCUUGUUACACAGGCACCCAUGGCUGUGAUAUUAAUGCAGUUUGUCGUCCAGGAACAGGCAAUCAAUUUACCUGUGAAUGCUCAGUGGGUUUCCGGGGAGAUGGACGGACAUGUUAUGAUGUAGAUGAAUGCCAGGAGCAGCCAACAGUGUGUGGCAGUAAUGCUGUGUGUAAUAAUCAGCCAGGGACUUUCCGAUGUGAAUGUUUAGAGGGUUAUCAGUUUUCAGAUGAUGGGCGGACAUGCAUAGCUGUUGACCGUGUAGUGAAUCACUGUUUGAUGGGUUCGCACACAUGUGAUAUCCCGCAACGUGCCCGCUGCAUCUACUCCGGUGGAUCUUCUUAUAUCUGUGCAUGUAUUCCGGGGUUUUCUGGAGAUGGACGUUCCUGCAUAGAUAUAGAUGAAUGUCAAUCGAACCGUUGCCAUCCAGAUGCUGUCUGCUACAACAGUCCAGGGUCCUUCAGCUGCCAAUGCAAAGCAGGUUAUCAUGGAGAUGGCUUCCACUGUGUAUCACAAGAAGUAGAGAAGACCAAAUGUCAAAGAGAACAAGAACAAAUUCUGGCUUUGGGCCCAAGAGGACAUAGGCCAAUUGGUCAAUUUAUUCCCCAAUGUGAUAUCUAUGGGAAUUACUUGCCAACCCAGUGCCAUCCUAGCACUGGCUACUGCUGGUGUGUAGACAGAGAUGGUAAUGAGAUGGAUGGUACUAGAAGUGGCCCAGGUAUCCAGCCUCCAUGUUUGGGCACAGUUGCUCCUCCUGUUACCAUUGGACCCUCAGUAAAACCAGAUGCAAUUCCCCUGCCUCCAGGAAGCCACUUACUCAUUGCUCAGAGUGGGAAGAUUGACCAUGUCCCUCUGGAGGGGAAUGUUAUGAGGAAAUCAGAUGCAAAAGCUUUGCUGUAUGUACCAGAUAAAGUUGUUAUUGGAGUUGCUUAUGACUGCUUGGAGAAGAUGGUUUAUUGGACAGAUAUCAGCAGCCCAUCCAUCAGUAGAGCAAGCCUUGGUGGAGGAGAGCCAGUAUCUAUCGUAAAGACAGAUUUGGAAAGUCCUGAAGGAAUAGCCCUGGAUCCCCAUGGUCGUACUAUCUUCUGGACUGAUUCUCAGCUUGACAGAAUAGAGGUAGCCAAAGUAGAUGGCACUCAUCGACGUGUAUUGUUUGACACUGAGCUGGUGAAUCCUCGAGCCAUUGUUGCAGAUCCUGUGAGGGGAAACCUUUAUUGGACAGACUGGAACAGAGAAGCUCCUAAAAUCGAAACCUCCUAUAUGGAUGGUACCAAUAGAAGAAUUCUUGUUAAGGAUAAUUUGGGACUGCCAAAUGGGCUGACACUUGACACCUAUUCCUCAUUGUUGUGCUGGGUAGAUGCAGGGACCAAAAGUGUAGAAUGCAUGGAUCUCAAUCAACAUAGCCGUCGAAAGAUCCUUGAAGGAAUUCAAUAUCCUUUUAGCAUUACAAGCUAUGGGAAGAAUUUAUUUUACACUGACUGGAAAAGAGAUGCCGUGGUCGCAGUGGAUCGCACAAUCUCUAAAGAGAAUGAUAACUUUCAACCCUAUAAGCGCACUCGUCUUUAUGGAAUAACAACAGCCUGGGCUCAAUGUCCAUCAGGACGUAACUACUGUUCCGUGAAUAAUGGAGGCUGUACUCAUCUAUGUCUGGCUACCCCAGGAGGCCGUUCUUGCCGGUGCCCAGAUAACAUCAUUGGAGUGGACUGUAUAGAAAGGAACUGAAAACUGUAGCUCCCACCCUGGGGAACUACACUGCCACUAAGUAAGCAGCAAGUUUCCUUAAGAUAAUGGAAAGAUUCCUAAGAUAAUCAUUGCUCUUUCCCUUGGGGCUGGAAGCACACUGCAGUCAAAUAUUGGCACUUCUCUGCAGCCACUUGUUAUACAUUCCUUUUUUUAAAGAAACAAAAGAACACAAAAUAUAACAACUACCUGUAACUGUGCCAGUUAAAUAAAUCCGCCUAAACCAUUUAUUGUAUGAAUUAUGGUAACAGGAUGUUACAAAGCACAAGAGAAUCAAAUAUGAAACAUCCAUGUAUGGAGUCCUACUUUGGCAAUUCAUGUAUAACUUAUAACUAGUACAACUGAAUGCUGGGCAGUAAAACACCAUGAAGGAAUUUAAUGAAAUGACUUGAAGCCCAAAAUGUAGGAGUUUAUUUGUAAUGAUAAUCAGCUACCUAAGCCAAAGAAUCUCAUGUUUUUAUGCCAAAUAUCUUAAGUACAAUCAGUUUUCCACAGAACCCUUGAGAAUACAAAUAAUAUUAGAUGCUCUAUUAAGAAGGAUUAAAGCAGGGUGAUAUUAAAAAUUGAUGACUUCUCUGUACAAUUCUCUUAAUGCUAUCUUUUCCCCAACUUAAUUUUCCAGAAAGCAAUUGGGGAAGUAAAAGGAUAUAUAUGAAUUAUUUGUCUAAUUUCAGUGGAAGAAUAAACACCCUUUAGCAAACGAUUGCAAAUUCCUUUGCUCUUUGGUAUGGCCUCGUGGAUAUCUGCAUUAAGCAGCAAAAAGUGUAAACUGUGGGAAAAAUGAUUUCAGAAAAUUUGCCAAAUACAUAAAUUUUAUAUCUAUUUUUUCUAGUAGAGGUAGUCCUCGUUUAGCAACUGUCUUGGAUAGCAAUUGUCCAUAAAUAUCAUAGUAAUAAAUGGUAAUUAAAAUCAUUUUCCAAACAAUGCAUGCAUUUAUGACAAAAAAAAGUGUAGAAGCUGAUUAAAAUCUGGUCAGUUUCAGGCAGCAACUGCCAGCAUUGGAGGGAAUGAAUUUGUUAAGUUGGGAUUAGCACUUUUUAGGGAAGUACUGGGCUAUGGAGGAAAGCAACUCACUAAUAGCUUGUUUAAGCAAUCUCCCUGCAAGAGGGAAAAGAAGAAGACAAUCAGGCACAGGACACUGUAUGAGGCAACCUUUCUGAAGGAGAAGGCAGUGACCUUUGCAGUGUCUCUCUCUCUUCUUUCUAUUGUAUGUCCCCUUAUUGUUCAUUUGACUUAGCAACUGAGUGGUUGGAACCUAUUGCAGUCACUAAAUGAGGACUACUUGUAGUUUCUUUGUGUCCAAUUUAGAUGUGCUUUUUAAUUACAUAUGGCAAGGGCAAUUGCUAUUGUGAAUUAUUUUCUUUAGUCAUUGUGUUUAUUCUAUGAUUUCCUUGAAAUUAAGAAAAAAAGGAGUUGAUUUUCUGUGCCACUUGCUAGCAUCCAAUUUAACAAGGUAGAGUCUUAUAACCCACAGAUUAUUUCCAAAUGGUUUAGGAAAGUUUGCUUCUGUGGUAAAGUAUAUCUACAGCCCAACAAGCAAAUAAAAUUUGUCAAGAUAGCUGUUUUAAAGGGCAGCAAUUUAUUUUUUUAAGAAAAUAAAAUAUGCAUCAGAAAUCAUAGCUCACCAGACUUCCACGUAAGGAAAGCAGAGCCAAUAUUAAGUCUCUGAUUACAUUUUCAUGUUAUAUUUAUCAUUGAAAUAUAAAAUACUAUAUUAAAUGUUUAAAUUUGAUAUAACUUUUGUAUAACUUUAAUACAUUUAAUUUUUUUUCAUUCUGUUAGAAAUAUCUGAAACUGUAAAUCAAACAGAAAAAAAACUGCUGAAACAAACAAAAGGUGCUUCUUAAAAAAACAGUAACCAGUGUUAUUUCAAGUUCAGGUGACAAAGAAAGUUUACACUGUAAUCAAAUAAUUUUCACACUGCCAAUAAAAUAAUUUUUGUAAAAAAA